CCCUACAAGGACUCAUGUGCAAUAAAUUCAGUGUGGGAGUGGAGCCCAGCGGAAGCUGCUUGCUAGGUGAAUUAUAAUUUCACACAUAAUCCCGGAGAGAUGUUACAGGUUGGGCUGGGCCUCCCUGGCUCCCCGAGGGGUGCUGCAGAAGAUUUCCCUUUGGAUCAGCUGGGAAAGAGGAGCAGGUCCUACUCGGCCCUGGUGAGCUCUGGUGGAGGUGAUAUGGAAGCCACACAAGGGCCAGCUGAUUCUCCUCAAGUCCCAGUGCUGAUCAUCUCGGAGGCUGAGACUUGGGACAUCGAUGCAUCCUCUUGCGUGGGCUGUGGACAGUAUGUGGAUUGGGAUAAGAUGCCAGAGUUGGAUCAGCAGCCAAGCGCUCACAGUCAGAGUCUCACCCAAACCAGCAAAGAGCUGAAAAAGCUGGCAAGAGAAGGCCAUUGGGCUACCAACCAUGCAUUAAGAGCUCGGACUUACCAGCAGAUCAUCCAGCACAUCCCGUGCCGGCUUGUGACCCCCGACGCUCUGGUUUACAGGGAUGUCGCAAGCAGGCUGUUUGGAAAGCAGAGUGUGAGCUCCCACCCCUUGCCUGAAUUCCUUGGAGGGUGCAGGAUGCCCACUUACUGCCUGACUAUGGAAGGUGUAACCGCCGUGAAGAAAAUACUCAUCUGCCUUGGCAACCUCUUCCCCGACAUCACCUACAGCCCAAUCCUCCCCGCUAUCGUGGCCCUGCUGCUGCACUACAGUGAAGAUGAAGCUCAAUGCUUUGAGAAUGUCUCUCGCCUCAUCGCUUGUAAUGACUCCCAUACCAGCUACAUAGACCAGUCCUUCCUGGCCCACCAGGCCUCCUGUAUGACUUUUGGGGAUCUGGCCAAGAAGCACUGCCCAGCAGCCCACAGAUUAAUAGCCAGCACCUCUGAGAAUGUCUUUGAGGUCUAUUCUGAAUGGCUGGAGUGGAUAUUUGGGGACCUUCCAUUUGAUUACGCUAUCCGCGUACUUGAUGUGUACCUGCUGGAGGGACAGAAAGUCCUCUACCGGAUUGCUCUGGCCUUGCUGAGGCAACACAGGCUCUCGAUGACCUCCGGAGAACUGGAAGUGACCAAUGUCAAAGGAGAUUUGAAGGCUUUCAUGCAGAACAUUAGGGAACACAUGACUGCUGACAAGCUGCUGGAGAGAGCCUUUAGUAUUCGGCUGUUCUCCCGCAAGGAAAUCUGGCUUCUUCAGAUGGCCAACAGGAAAGCGCUAGCGGAGAAAGGUGUAACUGUGGUGCAGCGCAGGCAGCUGUUCCACCUGGCAGUAGACAUGCUGAAUUUCAGCUCCGCCAUCGUAACUGCUCAGGAGAUGCGCAUUGUGUGGUCCUGGAUUCCUGAGAGAUUCUCCCUAUUCCCACCUGUCCUGUUAUUCUCCACCUCAGAAAACGGAUACAGCCUGCAAAGGUUUUACUCAUGCUGUGAAGGUUACGAACCAACAGUACUGCUCAUAAAAACGACCCAGGGGGAAGUGUGUGGUGCGUUCCUCUCUUCUGACUGGAAUGAAAGGAAAAAGAGUGGGGGAACGUCCAGCUUCUUUGGAACAGGGGAAUGCUUUGUUUUCAGCGUACGUCCUGAAAUGGAGAGAUAUGAGUGGGUGUUCAUCAAGAAACCAGAGCUGACCAAAGCAGUGCCGCGCUCCCCACGCCAGCGCCUUCCUUCUCCCGCCUCCCCUGUCCUCAGCACAUCUCCUCCCGGUGGCCACUUAGCCAGUUCAAACCAUCUGACUGUGCCCGUGUUGCAGAGGGCUAAAGGUCGCCUCUCCCCAUACCUGGCAAUCAGACACUUCCUCCUGCCUUCGAAAACAGCCUCCAUGUUCAUGUCCGGGACUCGGGAAGGAAUCAUUAUCGGUGGUGGUGGAGGCCAAGCUCUGUACAUUGAUGCUGACCUCUACUAUGGGAGAACGGAGCACUGCGAGACAUUUGACAACCCUCCUCUCUGUCAAGAGAACUUCCAGGUGCAGCUCCUGGAAGCCUGGGGCUUUCGAAAUGCCUAAUCACCGUGAAAUCGCCGCUCCCUGCACCAUAUUAAAGAUUGAGAGAUUCCUCUCCACUACACAGGACACCAUGGCUGGUGAUGAGCCAGUUGCCAUCAGAUGACACACAGAUGCCUGACUCUAAUGGAGGGAGUCCACACAUGGAUUUCUCUUACGGCUCUGAACCUCACUGCUGUUAGCCAUUCUCCAUAUCUUUCCUCUCUGUCAUAAUGUACUGGGAUGGCCAUGGAUGAGGAAAACAAAGUGCCACAAGGCAGCGUUAUAUUAUGGGCACUGCCAUACUAUAAAUGUUUAAUAAUCAUUAAUAACAAAGGUCCAGAACCUUCACACAAAAAUCAAACCAAACCCCAAACUUUCUGAGGUUUGAAAAAGCUGAGUUAAUUUUUGGGAGGGAGCAGACUGGAUUCUACCAGUUUUCUUAUCUCUCUAUGUUCUUGGCUUCACUUUGAAGUAGAAAUACCACAAACCUCAUGAUAUCCAGCACUGGGCUAUGAAUCUUGCUGGGAAGAUUGACCUGUAAUUUACAAGAUCUCCAUCCUGGUUCCAAGCCCAAAAUGGUUCUUAUAACCAUGAGCGGAACCUAUAUCAUCUUUGAGGAUCAACAGUCACUAUUAGAAGUGACACCUGUUAGUCCUCGUAUAACAUAAUACAAGCAUCUUUCAUGUACAGCUACCAUUGUUAGCAAUGGAAGUUGCCAGAUAGUUACCAUCAGAGCUGUGCCCAUUAAUUUUCUGUAACAUCUCUUAAAAUGAAACCCAUCAGGAUAAAUUGCAGGUGUCCUCAAAUACCCACUAGGCUCUACUCCAGCCUGAAUAAGUAUAACUUCGUAGUUGUGCAUUUGCACUACACAUGAAUGCAGGCAGGUGAUCUGCUUCUUGAAUGGACAGGUAAUGCAGGACAACAGCAGAUCACAGUGGGCCUUUGGUAUGAAAAGCUCGGAGAACUGUGGGGAUCAGGAGGUUCCCUAGAGGGAACAAUACCAUCCCUUCCCUACCAUCUCUACAGGCUUCAGACCUCUCAACGUUUUCCAUAAUAUGACACUUCAGUAAAAGGUUUGUCAUAGGAACAGAAUUACCUUCUCACUCCAUGAGGUAUGGCUCUCAAGAUCAGAGUUGCAACAUGUCAAUGGGCCAGUCCAAGAAAGCGCCCUGCCAUGCACCUGUUUUGUGGAUAAAGAGAGCGCUUCAAUUCCCAGGACUGUCAAUCACAGCACUAAAUUCAUCUAAAAAUAUGGAAAUCCGCAGCUAUAUCAUUUAUUGCCAUCAAAGGCUGACCAGCAUAAUAUCUUAUUGUAAACCCCCCCACAUUGUGAUGUUUAUAUUCACAUGAAAAUGUGUAUUCAGAGAAAAGGCUUAGGAUGGUAGUUGCAAGAAUCUAAAUGGUUAACACAUCUAACAGUCUAAUCUAACAUCUCAUAGUUAUCAACAUCACGAUAAUAGUAGACCCAUCAUGAGGAAAGAUGAAAUAUUAACAUAUACGUGCUGACAGGUAGGAUAAAUACACUUAAUGGGUUUUGGAACCUAUGUGUAAACCAUUUAGCUUGCAGAAGGAAAACGUAUUCAAAGUCCAAAUACAUUUUCCCAUUUACAGUCUGAUUUUUCUUGUGUUCAUUUUCUCCAGCUAUUCAGAGCAGAAGUAAUCAAUACCUCCAAGGGAAGCAGUCCCAGAAAUGCUAUGAGACAAGAAGAGGGAAUAAUAGCAAACUCACACACUACUCAGCUAUGCAGCCAUGUGAAUAAUUAGCAAUUACCUCUAUUCUUCGGAAUGCAUCUUGUAAGAUAAAAGAUAUGAUGGGGCUUGAAUCUCCACUCCCUCUCAUCAGUUUUAUGCUAGUAUAACUCCACUGAACGUGACAAAUUUUAAACUGGAGGAACAGAAUGGACUCAGGACCUCAGUGUUUCAGACGAAGCAAUGUGUGUAGAUGUUCUGAGCAGGUCCUUUUGCGGAUGCCAUCGCAUAUUUCAAAGACUGGAAGAUAGCUAAUGUAACGCCAAUAUUUAAAAAGGGCUCUAGAGAUGAUCCCAGCAAUUACAGACCGGUAAGUCUAAUAUCAGUACCGGGCAAAUUAAUUGAAACAAUAGUAAAGAACAAAAUUGUCAGACAUGUAGAACAACAUAAAUUGUUGGGCAAAAGUCAACAUGGUUUCUGUAAAGGGAAAUCAUGUCUUACCAAUCUAUAAGAGUUCUUUGAAGGGGUCAACAAAUGUGGAAAAGGGGAAUCCAGUGGAUAUAGUGUACCUAGAUUUCCAGAAAGCCUUUGACAAGGUCCCUCACCAAAGGCUCUUACAUAAAUUAAGUUGUCAUGGGAUAAGAGGGAAGAUCCUUUCAUGGAUUGAGAACUGGUUAAAAGACAGGGAUCAAAGGGUAGGAAUAAAUGGUAAAUUUUCAGAAUGGAGAGGGGUAACUAGUGGUGUUCCCCAAGAGUCAGUUCUAGGACCAAUCCUAUUCAACUUAUUCAUAAAUGAUCUGGAGAAAGGGGUAAACAGUGAGGUGGCAAAGUUUGCAGAUGAUACUAAACUGCUCAAGAUAGUUAAGACCAAAGGAGACUGUGAAGAGCUUCAAAAAGAUCUCACAAAACUAAGUGAUUGGUCAACAAAAUGGCAAAUGAAAUUUAAUGUGGAUAAAUGUAAAGUAAUGCACAUUGGAAAAAAUAACCCCAACUAUACAUACAAUAUGAUGGGGGCUAAUUUAGCGACAACUGAUCAGGAAAGAGAUCUUAGAGUCAUCAUGGAUAGUUCUCUGAAGAUGUCCAUGCAGUGUACAGCGGCAGUCAAAAAAGCAAACAGGAUGUUAGGAAUCAUUCAAAAAGGGAUAGAGAAUAAGACGGGGAAUAUCUUAUUGCCCUUAUAUAAAUCCAUGGUACGCCCACAUCUUGAAUACUGCAUACAGAUGUGGUCUCCUCAUCUCAAAAAAGAUAUACUGGCAUUAGAAAAGGUUCAGAGAAGGGCAACUAAAAUGAUUAGGGGUUUGGAACGGGUCCCAUAUGAGGAGAAAUUAGAGAGGCUAGGACUUUUCAGCUUGGAAAAGAGGAGACUAAGGAGGGAUAUGAUAGAGGUAUAUAAAAUCAUGAGUGGUGUGGAGAAAGUGAAUAAGGAAAAGUUAUUUACUAGUUCCCAUAAUAUAAGAACUAGGGGCCACCAAAUGAAAUUAAUGGGCAGCAGGUUUAAAACAAAUAAAAGGAAGUUCUUCUUCACACAGCACACAGUCAACCUGUGGAACUCCUUGCCUGAGUAAGUUGUGAAGGCUAGGACUAUAACAGGGUUUAAAAGAGAACUAGAUAAAUUCAUGGAGAUUAAGUCCAAAUUAAUGGCUAUUAGCCAGGAUGGGUAAGGAAUGGUGUCCCUAGCCUCUGUUUGCCAGAGGGUGCAGAUGGAUGGCAGGAGAGAGAUCACUUGAUCAUUACCUGUUAGGUUCACUCCCUCUGGGACACCUGGCAUUGGUCACUGUUGGUAGACAGGAUACUGGGCUGUAUGGACCUUUUGUCUGACCCAAUAUGGCUGUUCUUAUAUUCCUAUGGCUCACCUUUUUCCUACAAGCUUCCUAUUUUGUCAUCUCAUAAGAUCUGACAGUUAUAAAAGUGAGGCAUAAAGAUCAGUGGUGUUACUUCAUGCCGUGCCUCUGGCUGAGAAACUCUUUUUUUACAUUUGAGUUCUGCUAUGAUUUUCCUAGUGUUUCCCUCUUUCAAAGGCCGCAUACCAGCCCAGCCUGUCUCCCAUCAGGUUUCCCAUCAGACUCCAUUCUUUUCCAGGGGCUGAGUUUGCUGCCUCUAUAGAAAUCCUGACCCCCCCCUCCGAGCUCAAAAUUCUUCUUACUUAUCAGUCCAUCUUUGCUAUGCCUUUGUGUAUUGCCUGGAUCAAGAUUUAGAGUAUUUGAUUGUAAAGGGGAACUGGGUCUCAUCCAAAGUAUCUAAAACACUUGAGACUUGAGGCCACAUUAUUUGUCUUUGAUGCAACAGCAAAGCCUGUCAACCUUUGUGAUACUGUAUGUGCUGCAUACCCAAGCUAUCUGCUGAUUUCAGCUGUAAAUCACAAUAAAUUAUCAGGGUGAUUAUUACAUUCA